AUGUGCAGGGCAGAGAAGCUUCCUGCUGGAGCCCUGACCUCUGGCGAGGCUGGAGGUUGCCCGCCCGUCCUCUGCCCAGGGUGGGCAGCCCCGGCCUUGCCUCUUCCUGCUCACCCGGGCUCCCUUUCCAGUGCCCUAGUGUCCCCAGGCAGAGCGCCCUCGCCCGGCCCCCAGCUCCACCCGAAGCAGGGGAGGAGGUGCUGUGUGGAGGUUGCCCUGAGGGUCACUUCUGGGGUUGGCAGAGGCUCCUGGGGCCUGGGCCCUGCCCAGCCACAACUCUUGGGACGAGCAGGCCCCCUGAGUUCACGGGAUGCUGCAAGGCUCAGAGGUAGCGACGGAGCUGUGUCCCCACUCAGCGUGGGAAGACACUGGGACUUGAGCUGCGGGCGCCAGUUCAGGCUGCAGCUUCCUUUCCUCCUGCUCCGGGAAAUACUUUCUUAUCAGGACCCCUCUUGGCAUAGCUGGACCACAAGGAAGGCCACGUGGAAAGCUGAGAAGGCCCGCGUGGGCUCAAGUGGGCAGGCUGCAGGAUGCAGGUCUCCAGCGGACUUUGGCGUGAAUGCUUCUCAUCUGCCUAAACUUCCUUCCCUGAGUCCUCGCUUUCCAUGCACACGUUGGUUGUUUUUCACCCUCCUCAACCCUCGGAGCUGUCCCAUCAGGGGAAACCCGUGCCACCUCUGGAACGGAGGAGGGAACCCAGGGCCCUGCAUGUGGGAAGCACUUGCUCCACCCCCUGGGAAGCGCUUCCUCUGUGCAGGGCAGGUGGGCUGGACUUGUCUGUGUCUCUGUCAGUCUAUGUGAGCUGAGGUUGACAGUAACUGCAUUUGAGGAUCAGUGUAAUAACAACCAGCUUUUCAAUAAAGCAAUCACCAUGU